UAUUUUUAUAAUAUUUUUUUCAGGUGAGAAGAGAGAAAAUAAGUGAAAGGAUGAAGAUGUUGCAGCGGCUUGUGCCAGGCUGUGAUAAGGUGACUGGGAAGGCCCUUAUGUUGGAUGAAAUAAUCAAUUAUGUUCAAUCUUUACAGAAUCAAGUAGAGUUCUUGUCUUUGAAGCUUGCUUCGGUGAGUCCCAUUUUCUAUGACAUGGCAACAGAUCUAGACACUACUCUCUUGGUUAGACCUGAGAAAUUAAACAUCCAAAAUUGCAGCAGCUCUAACAUCCAACAAACCACCAAAACCAGCACCCUACCUGCCGCCGUUGCCGCCGCCACCACCGCCACCGUCUUCCCCACCGCUAAUGAUCACUAUCUCUUGGAUAGUAAUUCAGCUUCAGCUUUUCUUCAAGCCCAGAAAUCAAAUGUCUUCUCCAUGGAGAACGGUAGUCAAUUCUGGGACACAGAAGAGCAAAGACAAAAAUUUCUUCAUCCAUAUGAAUUCAUCAACAACAACAACUUAUGUUCCUUUCAUUAGUAUUAAAUUCACACCAACAAUGCUAGCUACAAACAUCUUGGAUUCAGCUUUUACAGUAGGUAAUUAAUUAAUUAAUUAAUUAAUUAAGAAUAUCCCAAAUUAAAGAAGCAUGGAGCAGAAGAAAGCAAAGAUAAAUUAUGGCAUCCAAAGAAGUGUUCUUUAGUCCAUGAGAUUAAAGGGGUGACAUUUGAAGUUAAAAGGGUAUCAAAAUUAAUGGAGAAGGAGAAACAAAAAAGGACAGAUCAGAAAAAAUUCCGACCAAAUAAGACCAUAUCUUUUCUAGAUUCAUUGUUCUGUUCCUGUCAUUUUGAUAAUAAUAUAGUUGUUCUUUUUUUUAAUUAUUAUUAUUAUUAUUAUUAUUUUACCUAAGCUAGCACGAAUUCCGAGGGACUAUAACAUAUAUGUCAAUGCUACUCUGAACAUUAUUGGACAUUGAAAAUUUAUUAUGUAUGUCGUCUAUGUAAAUGAAAUUAUAUAUUAAUUAUUG